AUGCUUCCCGCCGAGUGCUCGCGCCGACUGGUGACCGAGCUGCGGGGCGCGCUGGACGCUUGCGCUGAGCGACAGCAGCAGCUGGACCAGAGUCUGCGCGGCUGUCGGCGGCUCCUGCGGGCCUGGGAACCGACCGGGCCCCCAGCUCCAGCGUCGACCCCAGGGCCAGAAACGAAGAAAGAGGACCAGCCUCCAGCAUGUGCGCCCAGCCCCCAAGACGUCAAGGAGCUGGAGCUCCUGACCCAGGCGCUGGCGAAGGCCGUCCGGGUGCGAAAAGGCGUGUCUAGGGCCGGACAGGGCCACAAGGCCCCCAACCUGAAACCCAGAACCUCGGCCACCAGAGCCUCGACCCCAUCCCAGGCCCCAGGUCAGCCUGGCAGCCGUACAUCCAAAACGAAACCCCGCCAGAGUAUCCACCAGCCCAAGGUGCCGGCCAAGGACCACCCGGAGGUCAAACUUCUGCCUGGUGGGCAGAGGACCACUCAGGGUACAGGAGUCGGAGCCUCCGGGCCCAGCAUUGGAGACUCACAGGUGGCCCCAGAAGCUUUCACACUCAAAGAGAAGGGGACCCUGCUUCGGCUGCCCGCGGUCUUCCAAAGGGCUGUUUCCAAGAAUUCCGGUCUGUGGACCCAGAUCUGCUCCACAGAAACCAGCAGUUCAGCAAGUGCCGCCGCCAGAGCCCGAUUCCUGCGCAAGAUGCGUGCAGCAUCAGGCCUGUCCAGCGGCUCAGGGCUCAGUGCAGCGGAAGUGGAGGCUGAAGUGGAGCAGCUGUGGCACGCCUGCUCCCUGCUGAAGCUGUGCAUGCGGAAUGAGCUGGCCGCAGCCCCCACACACUGGCUGCAGGAAUAUCGCCGUCUGCUUAUGCUGGAAGGCUUGCAGGCCAUGGUGGGCCAGUGUCUCCACCGCCUUCAGGAGCUACAGGAAGUGGUGGCAGAAGAACAGCUGGAGUCUCGUCCCUCUGGGAUGCCCCGUAAGGCCUCACUCCCCUGUGGAGGUGAGGGGGCCCCCAAGAGCCCCCAGCCCCUUCUUUACUCCAGCACCCAGGAGCUGCAGGCACUGACAGCCCUCCGACUGCGCAUAGCCAUGCUGCGCCAGCAGCUCCACCUGCAGAAAGUCCUGAUAGCUGAGCUCCUCCCUCUGGCGAGUGUACCUGGACCAUACCACCUUGCCCUGUGCCGAGCCGCAUACAGCCUUCUCUGUGAAGGGAGCCAACGCUUCCCCGCUGUGCUGAGGGACCAGCCUGCAGACUGA